AUGGUGCGCAGCAAGAGUCGGACGGCCACUUGGGGCCAUGCACGGUUGAUCAAGCUGACGCACGCGCAACGUGCGGUGGCAGCUGAUGAUGUGGAUCAGCUAGCCAAGUUCCUCGAAACACCGGGCAUUGUCAACACGCGCAGCCAGCGUUCGUAUCUCGAGUUGAUCACCCCCCUGUCCUCUGCAGUACAGCUUUCUCGCAGCCCUUCCCAACUUGCUCAUCGUUGUCCUUGCUCGACACCGUCGUCUUGUUCCUUGUCUGCAGCGCAUGGCCUGACGCUACUGCACGUGGCUGCCGCCUACGGCGCCAUGCAGUGCUUGGAGCUGCUCAUCAACACUCCGGGUAUCGAGCUUGAUGCCCGAGAUCAUGAAAACUCGUGGAACGCCCUCCACCGGGCGGCCUACCAUGCACAGCUACACAUGAGCAACGCCGCCCAAGGGCUCAAUAGCUCAAACAAGCACGAAGCAGUCAGUAUCUUUGGGUGGGGUGACAACAGCACCUUUGCACUUGGGCUACACAAUGACAAUACGAGCAUCAAGCCGCGUCUCGUCACCUUUCCCCACAACGUCGCCAUCACCACUCUUUCCACGUCUAAAUUUCACACCCUCUUCCUGACCACAACUGGCCGCGUCUAUGCCUGCGGUCACGGUCGCGGAGGCCGUCUCGGGAUUGGUGCUCUUGAUUACUCAACGUUAGGAAUUCGACCCUUGGAUGCCCCAUCGAAUGUACGCUUCGUGGCCGUCGCUGCGGGCCGAGAUCACUCAUUGUUUGUGACCACAAAUGGCUUCGUCUUAAGCUGUGGCACCAACCAGUUUGGCCAACUCGGUAUGCGCGACGUCGCCGAGUUGCACACCCCGGCCAUCCUCAAGACUUUGCGAGGCCAGCGUGCGCGUCUUGCCGCUGCAUCGGGCGUGCACUCGGUCAUCGUCACAGAUGGUGGCAUCUUUACUUGCGGGCAGAGUAAUGGACAACUUGGCCACAGCCAUGGCCGCGCGCAGGAAGCCAUCUUCGAGCCUAAACUCAUCCCCGACUCAUCCCAGUUUGUGGGUGACGUGGUCAAAGUGGAAGCCUCCGAUUCCAUGACCGUGGCCCUUCGCACGACCGGUCUACUGGUUUUGUGGUUUCGCAAAACCGAACGCAAGGACCAAGAGCACCUCGUUUUGCACGUCAUUGAUCGAUUUCGCGAACAAGUUUUUCGGUGUUGUAUAAACUCUUCCAAACCUGAAGCGUCGUGCCAAGCCACGGUUGUUCCAAAGCUCUUUCAAGCGCGCCGUGUUUUUUGUGAUCCUGCUGGUGCGCAUCUGCUGGCUACACGGUCUUGUCGCCGAAGCGACUUCCAUGCGCCUCACCUGGGCGCCUUGCCUGUCACUGCCAACGCUGUGGAUACCGGGCGUGUGCCGAUCACUGCCCCACGUCUGCCGAGCCUACGCCCACGCUUAUUUGGCAUGGUCCAAGCCAUACCUUUGGCAAAGCCGGAUGUUGAAACCGUGCGACAGGCAGUCGAUCAGUGGCAUGAUCACAAGCACAACCAUCACCUGAACAUCAUGUUUCAGACAUUAGAUACAGGGCACGAGCCGUGGCUCACUUUUGCGGAAGAUAUGCUCCCAAACGCCGUGAUCACUGUGCAAGAUGGAUGCAUGCUGGGCCAUGCCUUUGUCUUUCAACAGCUUGCUGCGCUGGAUCAGCGGUACAAUCCCACCGUUGAAGCUUUCGAGCUGCCCGAAUGUACGCUAGCUGAUUUGCGAAUCUGUCUCGCGCUGUUGUACUUGGGCCACUUGCCCAUCACCGACGAACCUUUGACAGAGCAGCAGCGACAACGCUUGAUCGAAGUUGCCAACCUCCUGAGCUGGUCGGACUUGAGCGCCGCUCUUAAUGCGAGCCGCAACAACCCUGCUUCCAGCCCCACCGACCUGCUCUUGUCUCGUCCAAAGAAUGAAGGUGCCGGUUCCAGCUCCAUGCGAGCCACGGCAGUGAUGCUCCGACAAACAUCUGCGGAUGAGCUUCUGGUACCACGCGGCUUGCUGGUUCUACACAGUUCAGUCCUGCGGGCCCUUCUUUCGCGCCGAUGGAACGGCAGCGACUUGGCUGAGGUUGACUACACGGGCUGGUCUGCGCAGUGCACCGAGACCUUUGUCACCUACCUCUAUACCGAGCUCGCAGAGUUUGGCGCUUCUUAUCAGCUGCAGGACGUCCUUGAAGUCUUUGGUGCGUUCCAGGGAUUAUUCUGUGCCAGCUGGCUCUGUGUGCGCUUGCGGAUGUUUGAUGAUCGUUCGUGCCUCCAUCCUCAUGCAAAAUUCUUUUUUUUUCGUGCUUGUUGGACCAAUGCUGUAGCCAUGGCCAGCUACUAUAGCGUGCCUCGGCUGGCUGAUCUCGCGGGCCAGGAGCUGGCCUUGCGUUUGGACCUGUCUAACUUUGCCGAAGUGGCCGUUCACGCCUGUACCUUUCAUCACAGGGGGCUCAUUGCUGCGUGCGCUCACCAUGCUAUUCGGCAUCUCGAGCAUUUGCUUUGCACCCACGUGCUAGCCAGCAUCCCAGUAGAGCUAUUGGAGACCAUGUCUCUCGUUUUGCAACGGCGCUUACCUCCCCGCGCUUUGAGCUUACCAGCGGCAGGGGCUCCGAUUUGGUUGCUGGCCGAGUUUGGCAAGAUUGCCGUGGAUCGCUUCGUGUUUGACCCUGCCAACAAUCCGGAACUAGCCGCAAAACUGAAGCAACCCUAUAAGCUGACUAAACCCGCGCGUCCGCGACGCGCUUCAAGUCGAGGAACAUCAAUUGUCGACCUCGAGGCGGCGGCAGCAGCCAGCGAUGACGUUUUGGCCGAGGGUGAAGACUUUUUUGUUCAAUCUAUGCUCAAGAUGGGGUUCGACCCGUUGGCGGUGCGGCGUCUACUCAGCCGCUAUGGGUAUUCCCAAGUCGGCGUGCGGCGGGCCACAGAGAUUCUGAUGGGCAAUCCUGACUUUGAUCCCACCAAACCCAUUAGUGCGCAAGCGCAAGAGGUUUUGAGCGGCCCGGCACAGCCAAACGCUGUCAACGCAGGUGCCAGUGCUAAUCGGCGCACCAAAAAGUCUAAAAAGCGCACAGGCACCAUUUCGGAACGUGCCAAGACUGCGUCUGCUGCCGCCCCGUCCACGGCAUCCACCCCACCUCCUCUGCUUGCAGCGCUCUCAACCGACGCAGUCAGCUCAAAUGCCGACACUACGAUCGAGUCGCCACCUCUUACCCCGGGUAGUCCCGGAGCCGAUGGAGCAGGACGCAUGACCAGCAAGGAGCGCCGUCGCUUGCGUCGCUUGCAGGAACAAGAAGAGCGCACUCAGGCGGAGGCCUCGCUCUCGAGCCCGACCACGGAGGUGGUCCCCUUACCCCAGGCGCUUCCGCCAUUACCAGCCCUCCAGCCAGUUCCGUCAGAGGGGGGGCCCAAAGCCUCAUUUCCUUCCUUAUUGCCGGCCGGGGGAUCAAGCGACUCCAAGCACAAGAGCAGCGCGGGGCACAAGCGUAGCCCAAAGAAGCUGUCACAGAAGCAACGCAAAGAGCUCUUGCGUCAACAACAAGUUGACACGGCUCAGCCACCCACUUCGGCAUCCUCGGUGACGUCGAUACCACCUCCAGCCGGGCCCGCAGCGUCCUGGCUGUUUGCACAACCUACGCCGCCUGCAGCUACCAUGGCGCCACUCGCGUCAGUCGCCAUGGCGGCCAUUGCGGCCGGCCCAACACCUGCUGCCGCCCAGCGCCAGAGUGCAUCUCCCUCCAAAAGCCGCCCCACCCUGUUGGAUCUGGAGCGCGAGGCCUUGGCCGACACGCGAGCGCAGCUCUUGUACACGUCCAAGCUGCAAAGUGGCGCAGCAGCACCGACCCCUGAAGCCCCCAUGUGGGGCGGUUCCUCGCUUGGCGGCUCCUCAUUGGAACGGCCUACGGCGGCCGCGGGCGGUUCGUUUCGUGAAAUCGUGCGAAACCUUGAGAAGGAGCGAGAUCAUGCUGCCAGUCGUCGCGGCAAGUCGGUCCAGGUGAUUCAGAUAGAAGAGGCCGCCAUUACAGCCUUGCAUGAGCUGUACAAUACGGCGGAUGCCGCUGACGAGGUGGUCUCCAUUGUUUGCGUUCCCCGCUCCUGA